AUUUAUUUAGUUGAAAACAAAAUUUUCACAAAAUCUCCAAGAAUCCAUUGGUUUUAAUAAUUUAGAUUUUUUUUUUAAAAAGAUCCAAGAGACCUCACUGAUCUGGAUAAUAAAAUAAUCGGGCGAUUUCCCUCGAUUUUGUUCAUUUGAGUGAAAUGGAGAUUUUUUUUUAAAUAAAAAGAAGCAGAUUUGGUUAUUUUUGCGCCUUGUUUUUGUCAUUUUCAUGCUCCGAUCAUUUCGCACCACAUAUUUCCAAAGAUUCCCACUAAUUUAACCUUGGCUCUUAACACAAAUCAUGGAGUCUGAUCGCGACUUAUAUUACUCAUCACCAAGUGAAGUUGUUCUCAUUUUUAUUCUUCAUGCACUUGUUUGCUUCUCCUUUGCAUUGCCCAGAUUUUCAUUUUGUCAUGGCAGCUCUAGUUUGACUCCAAAUGGCGAUGUAUUCCAUGGUAUUUUCUUGUUGGAACAAUAACUCUUUGUCGCUGAGUAUACAACGUUAAGCUUUCUCAAUUUUGUGUAUAUAAACUAAGAAUUUGACGGUGCUUUACUUAUGGGCUUGUGAGUGUUAAUCGAGUUAGUUGGGAUUUGAUUACUUGAGUCAUUAAUGGAGUUGAAAUUGCUUGAUUUUCAAUCGGUGUCCUUAUCUGAGUUAGCUAUAUUCGGAAGGACGUACUGGAGUCCUUUUUCGACUUUAAGGCAUACGGCAGGUGUUAGAUUCUCAACUGGUUCUUGCAGAGGGAUAUCUGUGAAGGUGUCUAGUUCAAGUACUUCAAAUGGCACUUAUCUUUCAAAGAAGCCUGUUAGUUCAGAUGACCAAGAAAAAACUGCACCUGAGAAAUAUUUGUAUCGGAUUAAUGGAGCAAAUGGUUCUAAUUCAAGUCUGUUUUCUGGGCGUAUGAAAGUGCUUGACGCAUUUGAUGAUGAGUAUGGUGGUGUAGUUGUUGACUCAAAAAAUCUACCCAAGAAUUCAGAUGAUUUUGCUUCUGCUCUUCAUUUUUCGCUUUCUCAUUGGAAAAUAACGGGAAAGAAGGGAAUUUGGCUUAAGUUGCCACUGGAACGAUCAGAGCUUGUUCCCAUUGCUGUAAAGGAAGGUUUCCAGUAUCACCAUGCAGAACCAGCAUACGUGAUGUUGACUUACUGGCUUCCUGAAGAACCUUGUAUGCUUCCAGCUAAUGCUACACAUCAGGUGGGCGUGGGAGGAUUUGUCAUCAAUGACAAAAAUGAGAUUCUUGUAGUACAAGAGAAAUUCUGUGCCCCUUCCUUUUUUGGUCUUUGGAAAAUUCCAACUGGUUUCAUUCAUGAGUCAGAGGAGAUUUACACAGGAGCAGUGAGAGAAGUCAAGGAGGAAACUGGUAUUGAUACCGAGUUCAUUGAAGUUGUUGCAUUCAGGCAUGCUCACAACUUGGCUUUUGACAAGUCAGAUUUAUUCUUCGUUUGCAUGUUGAAACCCUUAUCAACUCAAAUCAUUGUUGACGAUCUUGAAAUUCAAGCAGCUAAGUGGAUGCCCUUGCUUGAGUUUGUGAAGCAGCCAUUGAUUGAAGGAGACAGCAUGUUCAAGAAAAUAAUAGAUAUUUGCAUUGCUCGGCUGGGCAAACGUUAUUGUGGAUUAUCUAAGCAUCAAUUGGUCUCCAAAUUUGAUGGCAGGCUAUCCUGCCUAUAUUAUAACGUUAUCGACGCUGCAGAUGUCAACUGCAGAGGCAAUUGAGACCAAGCUGUACGCCCCAUUGCUUACCAUCCCUUGCCUGUUGUGUUAUCUUGUGGAAUGCAUCUCUUGUUUUGCCUUGGUGUGUUCAAGUAUAGCAACAGAAGUGUAAGCACAUGGAAUUAACAGUUAAAGAGUAAAUACUACAAACUUCUGAAUACUGCAGCUUACAUGUAACAUACAUUUCUGUUUCCUGCUAUUUUCUCUCUGGCUGUGGCUGGGGAUAAGUAAAAUGUAAUAUAAAAUAUCUAAAUGUAUAUAUUCUUAAUUUAAUGAUGAAUAUGCUACUGUAAACGUUCUGUCA